CGUAUUGAGCUAAAUUUACGUAGUGCCAUUUGUAAACGUAAUAAUUUGAAUCAAAGAUUCCAUAAAUUUGAUCCUUGCCGUGGGGUGUACCUAUUGUGACACGCAUUCGUGAGCAUACUUUCCUUCGCGAUCUACGGGCGAUCUGUGUGCGUUACACGGUUAACAGUUACUCCGCGUUAGCCUCUCGAUUGAUUUUAAAUUCGACGAUGGACGAAGUGGAACUAUUGCGGAAAAGAGUAAGGGAACUCGAAAACAAAUUGCUAGAACAACAAUGUAAAAACACGUCGAUCGCCAGAGAAAAGAUAGAACAUAUGUCAAGCGAAGUGGUUGAUUCAAAUCCCUACAGCCGAUUAAUGGCUUUAAAACGCAUGGGCAUAGUGGAUAAUUAUGAAAGGAUAAGAGAAUUGACAAUUGCUAUAGUUGGAGUAGGUGGAGUUGGUAGUGUAACUGCAGAAAUGCUCACAAGAUGUGGAAUUGGAAAGUUGAUACUUUUCGAUUACGAUAAAGUGGAAAUGGCGAAUAUGAACAGACUUUUCUUUCAACCGUAUCAAGCCGGUCAAAGUAAAGUAGAAGCAGCUGCAGCGACGCUGCAAAAUAUUAACCCUGAUGUAGACAUCGAGACGCACAAUUACAAUAUCACUACAAUGGAUCAUUUUGAUAAUUUCAUGAACACCAUAAGUACGUCAAGUUUAAGCAAAGGUCCAGCAGACUUAGUAUUAAGUUGCGUAGAUAAUUUUGAAGCACGAAUGGCAAUUAAUACAGCUUGCAACGAGUUAAAUCAAAAGUGGUUCGAAAGUGGAGUCUCAGAAAAUGCCGUUUCUGGUCAUAUUCAAUUUAUUAUUCCAGGAGAGACAGCCUGUUUCGCGUGUGCCCCUCCGUUAGUAGUGGCAGAAAAUAUAGACGAAAAGACUUUAAAACGAGACGGUGUAUGCGCAGCAUCUUUGCCAACAACUAUGGGAAUUGUUGCUGGUUUUUUAGUUCAAAAUGCAUUGAAGUAUCUUUUGAAUUUUGGCGACGUGUCUUAUUAUUUGGGCUACAAUGCUAUGCAAGAUUUCUUUCCUAAAAUGAUGUUAAGACCAAAUGAAAACUGUGAUGAUAGAUAUUGUAGGGAACGCCAACAAGAAUACGCGGCAAAGCCGAAACCUCAGAAAAAGGUCGAAGAAAUCGUCGAAGAAAAACCUUUACACGAGGAUAAUGAAUGGGGAAUUUCACUCGUCGACGAGCAAGAACAACAGAUGACUGAAAACGAGCAUCCAUCGUUAGUGGAUGUGAAAAAAUGCUCUAAUACACCAUCUCAUUUGCAAACAAAUCAAAUUUCAUCGGAAUCUGGUCCGAGCUUAGAAGAACUUAUGGCACUAAUGAAAUCUAUUUGAUUUUUACCCAUCCGUGAUAAAUAAUUGUAUUAAUAUUAUAUGCAUUCCAUUUACACUUUGCAUACUGUUGUCAGUUAUAAUUUAAUUUGUACAAUUUGAAAAUAA